CUGGGCUGGAGGAACCCCGACAAAUGCCAUCUUCAUCGAGACCUUUUGGCUGUCGACCAACGUGCGACAAGACGUGAAAAGACAAGGGAGCUACAGGGCCAGGAGCAUGACUGAGCAGCAGGAGCACUCGGAAGAAUCAGGCCUGCUCUCCACACAGGACACGGACGCCUCCAAGGACGAAGACGUGCACGGACACCUCAGGUAUCACCUGAUUGAAGAGCUCUCCUAUGAGGAUGUAAAAAAAUGUUACCGGGGCUCGUGUGUGUCUUGCAGCGACUUGCUUCAGGCCAUGGAUGAGUGUGUAUGUGUGUACGGUGCCAACGUACUGAGCCUGGUGCAGAGCUCGCCACCUCUGAGGGAGCGAGUGGUGUCGGCGGUGAGCAGAGUCGGAGCGGCCGGCGGCUGGAGAGGGGGUUCAGGCGACGUGCGGGCGGGCCGGUCCGCCAAGGAGCUGCUCAUGACUCUGCCCUGUCCCUCUGCACAGACUGUCAGCAAGUACAACUCGCAGUACCACAAACUGUUCCAGUGUGUGCCCAAGGAUGAACUCCUUAUGAAAGUAUACUCGUGUGCUCUUCUCAGAGAUAUCCUCCUCCAAGGCAGGCUUUACAUAUCUAGAAACUGGCUAUGUUUCUAUGCCAACCUCUUCGGCAAGGACAUCAAGGUGGCCAUCCCUGUUGUCUCUGUACGGUUGGUGAAAAAGCAUAAAACAGCGGGCUUGGUGCCCAAUGGCUUGGCUAUCACCACUGACACUGGCCAGAAGUAUGUAUUUGUGUCACUUCUAUCAAGAGAAAGUGUGUAUGAUGUACUUCGUAGGAUCUGCACACACUUGCAGGUCAAUGGGAAGAGCCUGAGUUUAAAGCAAUACAUGGAGGAGCCCACAUUAUCACUGGAUGACUUCCCAACUCCUGACGAGUUCCCAGCGGUUGAUGAAUUCCCGUCAGUAUUAAAGUGGAGAAGGAAGCCCUCAGUUUUGUCUGUGUCCUCCUCCCUUCCUGAUCUCCUGGGAAACUCAAGCAGUAGUCUGAGCGCUGUCAAUACACCCUUCAAGUCAGAGCAGCCCCUGGAAGAGCGAGGCCUGCAGACAGACCGAGGCCUUUUAUCAGAGCCCGUGGCAGAGUUGGGCCAGAUGGAAUACCAGCUGCUCAAGGUCUUUACCCUGCUGAUCAUUCUCCUAAUCCUGUCUUCGUGCUACCUGGCAUUCCGUGUGUGCAGUCUGGAACAGCAGCUCUCCUUUCUCAGCACUCCACAUUUGCCCCUCAGGGAACGGUCACUAUGAUCAAUCAAACUAUUACCUUACUCCCUAAACACACAUACAUACGUAUUCUGUGUGAAUCAGUAGAGGAGGAAGAGGAGAGUCAGAUCCCAAAGGCUCCAUCAACCUGUCUUGCUUUCCAGUUGUCCAGGUAAUCUUGGUGCCUCUAGAUGAGCUUUUGGUUUGGCCUCCUGGUCACUCUUCCCACACAUACAUCCAUCUCUGAUUCUCCACUUAUCAUAUGAUGAAGAAACACUAACCGUCCCCAGACAUCAAGACCAUCCCUCCAUGGGACUGGUGAUCACUUUGAGACUAUGCAAACAGACUGUAUUUGUGUCCCGUAAUGACCCUGUAGCAAGUGAAUGAUAGUUCAAAACCAUGAAAAGACUUGAAAAAUGCGUUUCAUUUGUAGCUCACGCUUCUUUACAGUGAACUAAACCAAAUGACCUAUUGUUGAUCCUGACUCGUGCACUUUUAAAAAAUAUAUAUAUGUCCACAAAAUUUUAUAAUUACUUUUAGAUCUAUGCAUGACUUUUGCAGAUUGGAAUAGUGGUUAAAACAUGUCCCUCACGGUUCUGAGGUUCAGGGAUUUGAAUCGUAGCUCUGGCCUUCCUGUGGGGUGUUUUUAUGUUCUCCCCAUGCUUGAGUGGGUUUUCUCCGGGUACUUUGGGCUUUCUCCACAUUCUCUCAAAAACAUGCACGUUAGGUUCAUUGAUGACUCCAAAUUGUCCGUAGGUGUGAAUGUGAGUGUGAAUGGUCGGUUGUCCGUACAUGCCUUGUGACUGGGCUGGAGACCAGUCCAGGGUGUGUAUCCCUGCCUCUUGCCCCAAGUCUAUCACGCUGGAUGGAUGGAUGGAUGGAUGGAUGGAUGGAUGGAUGGAUGGAUGGAUCGGUCCUCUGAUCAUAGGUACUCAGUUUUCAUGUUUAAAUGUAUUUAUGUGAUGGAGGAGGCAAGGUUGCAACAUUUGACUGAAUGAAAUGAUCAUUUAACUGUAAUAUGCUUAAAGCAAUAACACCUCUUGUGUGUUUAUAACAAUGUGAAUGCAAUUAUUGAUUAACUACAAACCCAAGCCCAAUGAAGUUGGGAUGUGCUAAAUGAAUAAAGACCUAAUACAAUGAUUUUCAAAUCACAUUCAACCUAUAUUUAAUUGAAAACACUACAAAGAGGUUCUUAAAUGUUCAAACUGAUAAACUGUUGUUUUUAGCAAAUAAUCAUUAAUGUAUAAUUUUAUGGCUGAAACUUGCUUCAAAAAUGCUGGGACAGGUGGCAAAAAGGACUGAGAAAGUUGAGGAAUGCUCAUCAAACACCUGUUUGGAACAUCUCACAGGUGAAAAGGCUAAUUGGGAACAGGUGGGUAACAUGAUUGGGUUUAAAAGAAGGUUCCCGGCCAUUCAAAAGCAAAGAUGGGGCGAGGUGCACCUCUUUGUGAACACGUUUGUGGACAACGUUCCUCAACGUACAAUUGCAAGGAAUUUUAGUGAUUUCAUCAUCUACAGUCCAUAUCAUUAUCUAAAGAUUCAGAGAACCUGGAGAAAUCACUGCGUGUAAGCCAAAAGGCCAAAAACCAACAUUGAAUGUCCGUCACCUUCGAUCUCUCAGGCAGCACGGCAUCAAAAACCAACAUCAAUGUGUAAAGCAUCCACCACAUGGCCUCAGAAACACUUCAGAAAACCGAUGUCAGGAAAUACAGUUUGGCACUACAUCUGUAAGUGUAACUUAAAACUCUAGUAUGCAAACCAUACCAUUUAUCAACAAAACUCAGAAACGUUGCCGGCUUCAUUGGGGCCGAGCUCAUCUAAGACGGACUGAUGAAAAUAGGAAAAGUGUUCCGUGGUAUAACAAGUUCGAAUUUCAUGUUGUUUUUGGAAAUUGUGGAUGUCUUAUCCUCAAGGCCAAACAGGAAAACAACCAUCUGGACUUUUAUGGACACAAAGUUCAAAAGUCAGCAUGUGUGAUGGUAUGGGGCUAUGUUAGUGUCAAUGGCACGGGUAACUUACACAUCUGUGAAAGCACCAUUAAUGCUGAAAGGUACAUACAAGUUUUGGAGAAACAUAUGCUGCCAUCCAAGCAACAUCUUUUUCAUAAAUGCUAAUGCUUAUUUCAGCAGGACAAUGUCAAACCAGAUUCUUGGCUUCAUGGCUUUGUAGGAAAAGAGUCGCGAUAUUGACUGGCCUGCCUGCCUGCAGUCUAGACCACUGAAAAUGUGUGGCGCAUUAUGAAGCGUAAAAUAUGGCAACGGAGACCCCGGACUGUUGAACAGCUGAAGCUGUACAUCAAACAAAAUUGGGAAAGAAUUCCAACUACAAAGCUUCAACAAUUAUUAUCCUCAGUUCCCAAACGCUUAUUGAAUGUUGUUAGAAGAAAAGGUGAUAUAACACUGGUAAACAUAUCACCCUGUCCCAGGUUUUUGGGAAUGUGUUGCAGCCAUAAAAUUGUAAGUUAAUGUUUUUUUUGUUUUUUUUUUUUUUUAAAAAAACUAUAGUUUAUAAGUUUAAACAUUAUCUUAUCUUUGUAGUGAAUUUAAUUAAAUAAAUGUUGAAGAUGAUUUGCAAAUUAUGGUAUUCUGUUUUCAUUUACAACAUCCUAAUUUCAUUGGAAUUGGUUUUGUAGGUAACGAUUGUCCAUUUAUAGAUGUAUUGAUCUGUUGCAAGGAGUGGUUUAUUUUCUACAUUUCUAUUGAAGUGGUCACUCGUAUUCUAAUUACAAGUGUAAAUGCUUUCAUGACUUUAAGGAUAUUGUAUUGAUUUUGCUAACUGGAUGUCAUUUUGGUUUAGUAUUAAACUCCUGGUUGAUUAAAAUGGUGA